AUGUUUUCCCUGUGCCACAAGGUUUUAGCGGAAUCAAUGCCAGCCCGAAACAUGAUCGUCCUGGAAAAGGUUAGGUUCGUCCAUAUGAUUCGGAAAGCUGGUGAAUCAGAGAGACUAGCUAUGAGUUUGGGUGGCAGAAAGAAGUUCAAGAAGAGAAGAGAAGAGGCAAUGAGAGCCACCGUGGAGCAGAAAGGGUACGUCUGUUAA